UCGAUUUUGUAUCAUUAUGUUGUCUCAUUCUGCACAGUCAAAAAAAUUGAGAAUGGAGGAAAUGUCGUCUUAAGACCAGUCCUGGUAGAAUUCUUAGACGCUUCCUAACGGCAGACAUCACGGCUUGUUACAACCUAAGGGAGCAUAUAGAUCGACAGGGAGGGAGACACCGGUUUACGACGUCAAAGGCAACAGAAUACACAGAGCCAGCCAACGCGGGAGCGAGCGGCAGCAAUAGUCUACCAUUUCCUGUGUUGGAUCAUAGGGAGCCUUUUAUUAUAACCACAAACCGCUUGAGAAAUCCCAAAGAGGUUGUCAUUUUUUUCGAAAAUCCAAUUUUGUGUGUAUUUAGUGGAAACCCAGGUUUGUACACAACACAAAUCAAAACUACGAGAUAAAGCAUCACACGCUCAUGUUUAUGGAUAAAGGACGUCGUCGCUUGGAUUUGUUCGGUGCGCUCUUUUGGGGGUAACUUGUCAAGGCACGGAUUCAGAGGGGUCCUACAUUAGACAAAUUUAAUUGAACAGGAGAAUAGACAGAAACCGAAAAUAAACCCUAUUUGACAAGGGACAGAGGAGAACGGGUGAUACUGCUCUCAACUAACUGCGAGACGAAGGAGAGAGGAUCAAGGAGGAAUAGUAGGACCGAGUUGAAACCUUUGCCCGUCAUCUCCACAUUGUCCGAAGAUCUAUAGGUCCUCCCCGCUCCUUCUGACCACAUUUCCAGUGUUGUCCUCCGUGCGCACAUCCCCGCUCCCACACCGUGUCAAUGAAGGAGGCCGACGCAAUCAAGCUCUUCAUUGGGCAGAUACCCCGAAAUCUUGAGGAGAAGGACUUGAAACCGAUCUUCGAACAGUUCGGGAAAAUCUAUGAGUUGACAGUGAUAAAGGACAAGUACACGGGGAUGCACAAAGGCUGUGCCUUCCUGACAUACUGCGAACGAGAGUCUGCCCUCAAGGCCCAGAAUGCACUGCACGAGCAGAAGACGCUACCAGGGAUGAACCGGCCCAUUCAAGUGAAGCCAGCAGACAGCGAGGGCAGAGGGGACAGGAAGCUGUUUGUGGGCAUGCUGGGGAAGCAGCAGUCUGACGCGGACGUGAGGAAGAUGUUUGAGGAGUUUGGGAACAUUGAAGAGUGCACCGUGCUCCGCGGCCCUGACGGCACUAGCAAAGGCUGUGCCUUUGUGAAGUACCAGAACAAUGCAGAGGCUGCGGCAGCCAUCAGCACUCUGCAUGGGAGCCGCACUCUACCGGGAGCCUCUUCCAGCCUGGUGGUGAAGUUCGCCGACUCUGAGAAGGAGCGAGGGAUAAGGCGCAUGCAGCAGGUGGCGUCCCAGCUGGGGGUCAUCAGUCCCAUGACCUUACACCUCGGGGCUUACAAUGCCUACACACAGGCACUGGUGCAGCAGCAGGCUCUGGUGGCCCAGUCGGCGUACUUGUCUCCUGUGUCCACCAUCACCAUGCAGCAGUUGGCUGCCCUCAACCCGAGCAGCCUCAUUGCCACGCCCAUCGCAUCACUCACUACCUCCUCAGGUACCAGCACUCCGCCCACCAUGGCAGCCACACCGGUGCCUGCUCUGCCUCCACCACUCAGCUACCCUCCAGUCCCAGCUCCACCCAAUGGACAGUCAGUGUCUGAAACCCUGUACACCAAUGGAGUUCAUUCUUACCAAGCUCAAACUCCAGUUUUGGAUCCUCUUCAGCAAGCGUACGCUGGGAUGCAGCACUACACAGGUGGGACAGUAGUGAGUCCAUUUGAGUCCUUAAAAUUUCCUGGAGGGAAUUUUAGGUUUGAAAUGCCCUCUCAACAGUCCUUAAUGUUUACUUAUGCAAACACACCCACAGCAACCUACCCUUCUGCCUAUGGAAUGGUGGGGCAGCCAUUCCCACACCAACACACAAUGGUUGCACAGCAACAUCAGCAGCCUCAGCAACUGCAGCAACGAGAAGGGCCUGAGGGGUGUAACAUCUUCAUCUAUCACCUGCCUCAGGAGUUCACUGACUCUGAGAUGCUGCAAAUGUUCAUCCCCUUCGGCAACGUCAUCUCAGCAAAGGUCUUUGUUGACCGUGCCACCAAUCAGAGCAAGUGCUUUGGUUUUGUGAGUUUUGACAACCCGUCCAGUGCUCAGACGGCAAUUCAGGCCAUGAAUGGUUUCCAGAUUGGCAUGAAGAGGCUCAAGGUGCAGCUCAAGAGGCCCAAGGAUGCCAACCGACCCUACUAAAUGAGCAAGGGAGAUGAGAAGGGAAGAUAUAAGAGUUCUAUCAAGAAACUGCUUGGGACGUUCCAGCCUUUUUGGUUGUUUCGCCAACCGUAUAGCACAGGGAGCAACAAAACUUCUCAGAAAAAUAUGAUAAAUAUAUGUAUCUGCAACAAUAACAACAAAAAUCUGUAACAACAAAAUAACAAACGUGUGGUGGGUGGUUGAGUACACAUACCAUUCCACAGCUGGAUUCAGUCAUAUUAUGUACAAACUGUAUUGUCAGCUACAAGGUCUACAUGAAAAAGCAUAUCACUUAUUCUACUGAACAGGGUUUUACUGUAUAGUGUGGUUUGUGGUCCAUAACGUAAGGGGGAAGGGCAAUGUCUGGGGUUGAAGAAGUGGGAUGGUAACCUUUAUCGGGGGAAAAAAAUAAUAUUCUGUAUGAUUACCAUUGGUCGAUUUGGUAUGUAGAUUUAGUUUAUUAUUUAAAAGUAAAUGAUAGAAGGGGUAAUUAAACAGGAAGAAAAUCAACUUCUUCUCACUGUACAUAUCUUUGUUUUAAAUGGAGUCAAAUAAUGAAAAUGUGUUAUUAUAACCACUACUACUGGUAUUGGCAUAAUGGUGGGAGGGAGGGUAAUUGGGUGGAAUUUUUGUAUCUACAUUUUUUACAUUUAAUUUAUUUGUUAAUGGCGAUUUUUUUUUUUUUUUUUCGUUUUUUUUUUUUUUCAUUUUAUUUUAGAAAAUAGAUUCCUGUGGUCUACAAGACUAUGGAUAAACUUAUUGUAGAAUGUUUAAUUACAUAAAUGUAAUUAUCAAAAAAUCAUUGUUUAAUUAUUUAUUCCCUACAAUUGCUGUUUUAAAACAUGUCUUUAAGAAAAAAUAAAGUAAAAUUUAGAAAAAGGA